UAUAAUGUUCUGGCUACGUCAUCUAGGCGACACGUGGGCUGGUUUUAGCAGUUAGCGGCAGCGCGGCGGUUCGUUUUUUAACUUAAUUCAUCGAGUUUCAGCCGAACUAGAAACCUGCAAGACUAUGGCUGCCGCCGGGACACUGGGCAGGAAGAGGCUCCUAAAGGAGGAGGACAUGACUAAGGUCGAGUUUGAGACCAGCGAGGAGGUGGACGUUACCCCCACCUUCGACACGAUGGGGCUCCGGGAGGACCUGCUCCGCGGCAUCUACGCCUACGGCUUUGAGAAGCCAUCAGCCAUCCAGCAGAGAGCCAUCAAGCAGAUCAUUAAAGGCCGUGACGUCAUCGCUCAGUCUCAGUCGGGAACAGGAAAGACAGCCACCUUCUGUAUCUCUGUGCUGCAGUGUCUGGACAUCCAGGUGAGGGAAACCCAGGCUCUGAUCCUCGCUCCAACUCGAGAGCUGGCGGGACAGAUUCAGAAGGUGCUGCUGGCUUUGGGAGACUACAUGAACGUUCAGUGUCACUCCUGCAUCGGAGGCACAAAUGUGGGAGAGGACAUCCGGAAACUGGACUACGGUCAGCACGUGGUGGCCGGCACACCCGGCCGAGUGUUUGACAUGAUCCGGCGCCGCAGUCUGAGAACCAGAGCUAUCAAGAUGCUGGUUCUAGAUGAAGCUGACGAGAUGCUGAACAAAGGUUUCAAGGAACAGAUCUACGACGUGUACCGUUACCUGCCUCCAGCCACGCAGGUGGUUCUCAUUAGCGCCACGCUGCCACAUGAGAUCCUGGAGAUGACCAACAAGUUCAUGACGGACCCCAUCCGGAUCCUGGUCAAACGUGAUGAGCUGACUCUGGAGGGCAUCAAGCAGUUCUUCGUUGCCGUGGAGAGGGAGGAGUGGAAGUUUGACACUCUGUGUGACCUUUACGACACUCUGACCAUCACACAGGCCGUCAUCUUCUGCAACACCAAGAGGAAGGUGGACUGGCUGACUGAGAAGAUGAGAGAGGCCAACUUCACGGUGUCCUCGAUGCAUGGAGACAUGCCGCAGAAGGAAAGGGAGUCCAUCAUGAAGGAGUUUAGAUCUGGUGCCAGCCGUGUUCUGAUCUCCACAGACGUGUGGGCCCGGGGUCUGGACGUUCCUCAGGUCUCCCUCAUCAUCAACUAUGACCUGCCUAACAACAGAGAACUCUACAUCCACAGGAUUGGUCGGUCAGGCCGAUACGGCAGGAAGGGUGUUGCCAUCAACUUUGUGAAGAACGAUGACAUCAGGAUCCUACGAGAUAUUGAGCAGUACUACUCCACUCAGAUUGAUGAGAUGCCCAUGAAUGUGGCAGACCUGAUCUGACCUGAUGACAUCACAUCCCCGUCUCCUCCUGUUUUAUUUUUCAUGGCUUCUCAGUUGGUUCUUGUUUUACCUGCACAGGUGAUGUUGGAUGUAAAACGUCACCUGUUUUUGUAAAUAAAGUUUUGGUUUCAUGUU